GCGGCCUUCAUCGUGACAAUCACAAGUCGAAAGUCGUGAAUCGAGAAUGGAGAGGAUCGUGGCCGCAGCAAGAGCGCUCGCUACCAUUGAGCGAUAGUCACGAGUGAGGUCGAAGCGUCAAGACCGUGCUAGAAGGCGGAUCCUGCUGAGACAGGCAAGUGCCCACGAAUGUAUGCUCGGAGGGGGAUAUUUCGAGCCGUCGCUUCUCCUGCACGCCGCUCGAUCGUAAGUAGUGCGGCCGUGUCCGAGGCCAGAUCACCACCGAGUACCUCUUUUGCCAGACGUACCACCACACCGAAGGAGGCGCCGCACGAAGAACGAUUCUCGAGUCGCCCUCGCUCGUUUGCAAGCGCCACAAUGUCAUCAGACCGUCGAUCCUUUGACUAUCCAUUCCAUCUCGACGUUCAGACGAGGUGGAGCGAUAAUGACCAGUAUGGCCACAUGAAUAACAGCGCUUACUACUACGUUUCCGACAGCGCCAUCAACGCCUACUUGGUCCAGAGCUGCGGCAUAAAACCAUUCCUGGAGGGUGAUGCCGCGAACAAUGUCCGAGCCGAUUCUGCAGCGAGUCUGAUUGGCCUCAUUGUCUCCUCCUCGGCAACGUACCACGCUCCUACGUCGUUCCCCUCCAAGCUGCGAGCAGGCGUCCGCGUGCUGCACCUCGGCAAUAGCAGCUGCCAAUACGAAGUGGGCAUCUUUAGCCUGCCUUCGGCAGCCUCUGCUCUACCGCAAGACGCACAAGCAGCUGUGCUGAUCCGCGCAACGCACGUGUUCGUGGCAAGAGACUCCAGGAGACCGGUGAAGCCCAUGCCCGAAGAGCUGCGGCAAGGAUUGCUGAAGCUCAAGAGCGAAAGAUGGGCUGAGCAGCAAACCGCAAAAUUGUGAUGCGAGCCAAUGCCUUGCCCGAGUUUCGCCCUGCGUCAGGCUGGCGAAGAUGAUCGUGAUGGUUGGCAGGCUCUGCGCACAAGUCAUUGCACGCAGUUCUUUUUUGUGGCACAUUUCGACUACAAGCACGUGGAUGGCUGCACCAUACAUGCGAUUUACAUAGGAAGGAGGCUCUACCUCAUCCACCAAUCUUGAAUGUGUUUC